AUGCGUUGUUCCACCGACGACGAGCUAGCUGAGCUGUAUGAAAUGGCUCAUGAAGUGGGAGAACUUGCCAAUGAGCUGGCUCGGGCAGUAAAAAUCACCAUGGAUCCAGAAGCUACUCAACAGGCCCGCAUGGACGCGUACGUAGCUUGUGAACGAUUCAAAGAUGUAUCCCCUUUAUGUGCGCAAGCCGGUCUAUCGCUGGUGACAGGCAACUAUCCGCCGAUGGUGCGUCAUUUCGGAUUGCAGCUUAUGGAGCAUACGAUCAAGUACAAUUGGAACAACAUUUCGCAACAAGAAAAAAUAUUCAUCAAGGAAAACGCCAUGAAACUCCUGAACGCUGGCGUCGGGGAGGCGCAAGAUCGAGACCUUGCACACAUCAAGGAUGGCGUGUCUCGAAUUAUAGUGGAAAUGAUUAAACGAGAAUGGCCACAGCAGUGGACUACACUACUCGUAGAGCUGAGCGAUGCUUGUGCGCAGGGAAUCGCUCAAACGGAGCUGGUGCUAUUGGUGUUUCUCCGUUUGGUUGAAGAUGUGGCCCUCCUGCAGACAAUCGAGUCCAAUCAACGGCGAAAGGACAUCUACCAAGCGUUGACCGUGAACAUGUCGGAGAUAUUCACCUUUUUCCUGCGAUUGAUUGAAUUACACGUCGGGGAAUUCCGGAGUGCUACAUCUGUUGGUGAUAAGCACAAGGCGCUCGGACACAGUCGUGUUGUUCAAGUUGCACUGCAAACGCUAACCGGCUUUGUAGAGUGGGUGUCCAUUAAUCACAUUAUGGCCGCAAGUGGUCGAUUACUGCAAAUACUCUGCAUUCUUCUAACGGACGUAGAAUUUCAACAACCUGCUGCUGACUGCCUUGGACAGAUUGCAAAUCGUCGAGGACAACUUAAGGAUCGCAAGCCGCUGCUGUUGCUGUUCGAGGAUGCGCCUGUGGAUCAUUACUACCAGGCGGCCACACAAAACGAGCGGCUUGGAACAGAAGCGUACUAUCUAUUCCUCAAAAAACUGGUCCAAGUGCUGACCGGACUGGCUUCUCAGCUGACGGCGCUUUGGGGUAAAGAGGACUGCCAGCCGAUCCGACCACAGUGUCUGGCCACCUUCCUUGGGACAGUGCUGAUUUUUACGAGGCAUUCCAGCUUUAGCCUAGCCCACCCGGCAGCACUUAUUUGGACGAGUUUGUUAAAACACGAGCAAAUCUCGAAAGAGCACCUGGUCCUCGAGUACAUUCCGAAGGUAAUCGAGGUGAUCGGCCCAAAAAUCAUCAAAGUGAACUAUCCGAUGUCCCGCCCUACGGAAAUAACUAUGCACCCGCAGACAUACGCUAGUCUCGAUUACGAUGGCGAAGAAGAGUGGCUAGUAUUUUUCUUCCGGUGCCGAACGGAUUUUUUGGAAAUUUUCCGCCAAGCGACCCUAAUCUCUCCGCUCGUCACGUUUUCCUACUGCGAACAUUGGCUUAGCGCAAGGUUGCAAAAAACUGCCACUACUGAACGCAACACUACGUGCAACGUUUCGGAUCCAGUAUACCUCGAAUGGGAUGCUUUGACUAACGUGCUGGAUGGCGUGCUAUCCCGCAUUUUAAUGGUCACCGAACGUCCAUCGGUGGCCGCUGGCUUGCGCUUGCUCGAGGAAUGCUUAAAAGUGGAAUCAAAUGAUCCACUCAUCCUAUCGGUACUGCUCUCCUGCAUCUCUUCAUUGUUUGUGUUUCUGAGCAUGUCCUCCUGCCAGAUUACGGCGGCCAAUUGCGUUGCCAUGACCGGUGUACAGUUACUGCCACGUGUGUUGGAGAAAAUUUUUGCAGCACUUAUUUUUCAAUCACCAGGCGAAACACGGCAUACACGCACGGUGGCAGUAAAAAAUUUGAGACGACAUGCAGCAGCCCUCAUGGUUAAGAUUGCUCACAAAUAUCCUCUGCUAUUGCUGCCUAUAUUUGAUCAAAUCAAUACGAGCGUUAAAAAUCUCAUUCACCAGCCGGAACGACUUAGCAAAGUUGAGCAAGUCACCCUGCAUGAGGCUUUACUGUUGAUUUCAAAUCAUUUUUGCGAUUUCGAACGGCAGAGCGGCUUUGUAGCUGAAGUUAUUCGAGAAGGAGUAUCCAUCUGGGGUGGUCUGUUAGUACCGGUGGUUAAAAAUGCCCACACGUUCAUCGAAUACGUCGGUUUGAACAAAUCAGCCAUUCAACCGUUUACUACCACGAUAGAGGAUCCUUACAACGUCAAUCGGAGACAACUUACGUACGCUCUGAAUCUUGUCCUGGGCGUUAUUAAGCGUUGCUCCUGGCCGGACGAUCCAGAUCGCUGCUCACGGGGAGGAUUUGUGGUAGCGUUAACCGAGUCUGGCAAUCCUAUCUGUCGAAAUCCGGCCACUUCACACGUGGUGCCAUUACUACCCCAUAUUCUUUCGCUCAUGCGCUGCCUCAAUGAGCUAUGGAAACCAAACGCGCUACAGGCAUUCUCUGAAUCUUUCCGAGACGCAAAUGGAAUGCAAGAGCACGAGAAAAAGCAAUUACUCGGCGUAUCGCCGGUGUUACAGGAUCCGCUCGAUCCCACGCAAAAGAUGCCACCGACGGCGUUCAGUCGCAUGCAGACUUUUCUCUCGAACGUUUUCGAACAUUGCUAUCACAUGAUGGGAUCUGCCGGACCUUCGCUAGGACGCGAUCUUUAUGCGCUGCCAGGAAUUGCGAAUGCAAUCGUUGGAAGCGUGUUUGCUAGCUUGGAGUACGUGCCCGAUUUUCGACUGCGUACCAUCGUACGAGUGUUUUUAAAGCCGUUCAUCUACACAUGUCCACCGGUUUUCCAUGAAGCUGUGCUGUUUCCAAUAUUUGCCCAUUUUGUUCCAUUUAUGUUGACAAGACUGACUGCACGUUGGCAUUAUAUUACGUCUCUGUAUGAAUCUGGUGAGCUUGGUGAAGAUGUUAGCGAUACGCAAGAAGUACUGGAAGAUAUGCUCAACAGGACGCUUACCCGAGAGUAUAUCGACGUGCUAAAGGUAGCAUUAGUCGGGAGCACUGUCGAUCCAACGGCAAAUUCGACUAAUGAUGCAAGCAUGGCUAGUAGCAUGGAUCAUGAUGAUCAGAGCAUGGAUGGCACACCGCAAGCAUUGACUCGCGCUGCUCAAUCGGCUAUGACAUCGGAGGUUAUAAGUGAUUUAGGCGGUAAGCUGUUACGCAACCAAUAUACCAGCAAUCCGAUUGUCAUGACUGUGUUAAGCGUACUUUCCUGGAAUGAUAGCAAUUCUAGCUUGAAAGCAACACUGCUUAGUGGUCCAAUCAUAAGAUUUCUCGCAGCGGAGCUAUUAAUCACAGAGGCACUAGCUUCCAACAUUAUCGUCGCUGUGUUGAAAGCUCUGCAGCUUCAUGGACAGCACGAAUCCAACCAGACAUCGCUUAUUACGCUUGGUGUGCAGGCAUAUGAAAUACUUCGGCCAAAGUUUCCCAAUAUUAUCGAAGUUUUGCAGCAAAUUCCAAACGUGAGCGCGGGAGACAUACAUAAGUUGGACGAAAAAAUAUCUUCUAGCAGCACCAAGGGCAACAAAAUCGAUAAAGCCAAGAAGGAUCUGUUCAAGAAGAUCACUUCAAACAUCAUCGGUCGGAACAUUGGCCAACACGGUCGAAAAGAGGUGAAAAUUUUAAAUCUUCCACCGAUCAUGCCACCACCCAAUAAUCAGCAGAGAACGAACACAUUUAAUCUGAUUGAAAGCAACCAGGAAACCGGACUGGCACACUUAUUUACCAGACGGAGUUAGUAAUAUGCUAUCAAAAAUCAAUUGUACGCCAAGGUUAGCUAAUAAUGAUAAUCCUACUCCAUUAUGACUUUAAGCAAU